AUCAUCCUCUUUUUCCUCAUUGACUCGGACUAGCAAAUGUCAACUCCUGCUGGGGUACGAGCUCCUGGUAAGGGAAAGGGCCCUGUUCCCCCACUGGGACCUCAAAGCAGCCUGUUCGAGGCGAAGAACAUAACGGGGGCUAGGUGGUUCAUCAACAACACCUUCCCCGAAGUGGACCAAUGCAACGCGCGAGAGGAGGCUCUGAGGUAUGGUGGAGCGUCCGUGGUGAAGCAUGUUCUAGAGAGCGCGAGCUGGGUGAAUGGUCUAGCCCAGGAAUUCAGGGAGAGCCUGAAGGAUCGCUCACUCUUGCAGAGGCAGCGGGAUCAGUUGCAGAAGGAGAAGGAGGAGUUGGAGAAGAGAAACAAAGAACUGCAAGAGUCGUUGAACGAGGAGAGCAAACGAAGGAUCUCCGAAAGUGAGCGUGAGGCUCAGGUGCAAGAACUAAAGCUGACAAAGGAGGCUUUCUUGGAGCUGAAGGCUAAUGUGCAGACCUUGGUGCAUAAUGGAAUGAAGGAGCACAUCAGCAACUUCAUCAGCUCCAGCUCGUUUGACAACCUCGUCAACUUAUAUCGGCUGCCCACUGCCAUCAUCGCAUUCACGGACUGCAGGAAGAAGGUGAAGGCAGAAUAUCCCGAAGUGGAUAUUACAAAGAUCACCUUCGGAGAGCAAGAAGAAAGAGUGGAGGAAGACGGUGAAAGCAUGUCAGCAGACUUCCGUCCUCAAAUCAAACUGAGGUGGGAGCAUGAUGCGAAUGGAAGUGCUGUUUUCCCUCCACAGUGCGACUUCGAGUUCGUUGCAGUGGAGGAAAAAGGGGCAGAGGUGGAGGAAGACGAGAUGGAGGCAGGAGCGGAAGGAGCUGAAGUGGAUGAGUGCCAACCAGUUCCAGAAGUGGAAAUUCAUCCAGUUCCCUCUGACGAUUCGAUGAGCAGCCUCCUCUGCCAGACGAGCAGCAGCCAACACAGCCAACUCCUCCAGCUGAGCAGGAGCCAGUGGAGCCACCUCUCCCAGCGGAGAAAUAAUUUUAUUUUUUAAAUUUUUGUAAAAACAUUUAGACAGUUUGUAACACUGUUAUUUUAAAUGAAAUUAUAUGUUUGUUUAUGUUUGGUUUAUAUUUUUGUUAUUUAAUAGAAGAACUGAGAGUACUUGAGACUUGAUUUGAAAGAAGACUAACCACUUCAGAAAUAAACAAAAAGGGAAGUAAAUCACUUCAGACAAA